ACGCAUUCAAACCCGCCCGUUUGCUACCUCUUCCUUUCUCUUUAUUUUCCCUUCCCUGGCCCCCUUAAGUCCCAAACGGCAGAAAACAAAAGGUCUCACUAAAUCCUACUCCUUAUUCUCGUAUGACCAAAAACAUGAUUACACGUUCGCUCCUUUCCUCCAUCAAAAAUUCUAAUCUCCAAAAUUUUCCCUCCCAUUCCGUCCAUCCAUUCACCAUCAAAAACCCAACUCUUAAACCCCUUUCCUCUUCCUCCCCAAUUUCCACCCAUCACCAACCGACCCCCACUCCCCCUCCGCUUUACAAACUAACCCACAAAGACUGGCUCUCCCCAACGGAAGUCCUCAAAAUCUUCGACAACCUUAAAGAACCAAACUCGCUCAUUUCUGUCCUAAACCAAUACUCAACACGUAAAGAUUACAAACCAACCGAACCUCUCUUCACUCUUGUCAUUAACAAACUAGCAGAUGCCCAGGAUUUCGAUUCCAUUCAAAACAUCAUGGAAAAGCUCAAACACCAAAAAGCUUGUCGUUUAUCCGAUACUUUCUUCCAAAAUGUAAUAAAAAAAUAUGGGCAUGUUGGCGGUCGAAUUAAGAGGGCAAUUGAGACCCUUUUUAGUAUGCCAGAAUAUGGGACUUGGCCUAGUGUUAAGACCUUUAAUAUCGUAUUGAGCUUGCUCGUAUCGAAUAAAUUAUUCGAUGUAGUUCAUGAGGUUUAUGGGAAAGCCCCCAAGUUGGGUAUCGAAAUUGAAGCCUGUACUUUGAAUAUUCUCAUUAAGGGGUUAUGUGAAAAUGGGAAAGUAGAGUUGGCAUUCCAAGUGCUUGACGAAUUUCCUAAACAAGGGUGUAAGCCUAGUUUGAGGACUUUUUCAACUUUAAUGCACGGUUUGUGUGAAAAGGGGAAGGUUGGUAAAGCUUUUGAGCUGAUGGGGAGGAUGGAAAAGGAAGGAAUUGAGGCUGAUGCUGUUAGUUUUAAUAUUUUGAUUUCGGGACUUAGGAAGCAAGGUAGGGUUGAAGAGGGGGUGAAGCUCUUGGAAUGGAUGAAAAGAAAAGGGUGUUAUCCGAAUGCAGGGUCUUAUCAGGAGGUUUUGUAUGGUUUGCUUGAUGCUGAGAGGUUUAUGGAUGCGAAAGAGUUGAUGGGGAGAAUGAUUUUCGAGAGGUUUAAUCCUAGUUUUGAUUCAUACAAGAAGUUGAUUCAUGGUUUUUGUAAGAAGAAGCUGGUAAGUGAAGUUGAUUGGGCUUUGAAGCAGAUGGUGCAUCAUGGUUUUGUUCCUAAGAUGGGUAUGUGGACACAGAUGGUUCAAUGUGUUUUUCAUAGGAGUAACACUUGUGACUCUGUUUUACUUGGUGAAAUUGCCAAUAGCUAAUGCUAUCAUGGACCUUUCUGCAUUUUUAAAUGUGACAUAUGGCAAUGGAAAAUUCUCGUUUCAGUAUUUAAAUGCUAUACCCAAUUCAGAUGGAUACAUUUUCAUAACCUGUUUUGCCCUUUUGUGAUGGUGUCAUACUUGGGAGAACUUCUGUCCCCUGUUGCUGCUGAGUCAGGAUUUACUAUCUCAUCAAACUAAUGAAUAGAAAGCUGGAGUAUGAAACAUUAGAAACCUUUUUUUCAUAGACGAUGCCCACAGUGAUCUACCAUCCAAUCAAACUCCAGUGAUCUCCACUACAUUUUGUCUUUUCACAGCUAUCACUUUGAGAUUAAGAGAAUCAGAUGGUUUUCCAUGAACAAGGGGACGAGCGAGGGGGAGGCCUCUUUAGAUUCGGACAGCAGGAUACUGUUAUAUAAACCAGAGAAUCACAAGUCGUCAAACCCGUACAGAUACUCUUCAGUUCUAGCAGCUUAGAGCAAUUUUCAUCAAAGAGUUCCGCAAUUGACACCAAUGGUUGGAUCAUCUAUAAUAAGUACAUUGAAGUUUCCUAACAAUAAAUUUUGUUUCUGCUCAAAGAGCCAGAGAGACUUCAUUAUAAAAAAAGUAUUAAAAAGUUUUUGUUCAAUG